AUGCAAUCUCCUCCGUCCGAUCACGCGGGGCCCAUUCGCCAUCGCUUUAUAAAGCAAUUCCCCCGUCGCUUAUUCCGCGCCAAUAACAACACUAUUCCGGUUUCAAUGAGGAAGAAGAGGAAGGCGGUGAGAGGUGGCGGAGAGCGGUGCUUUUCGUGCACGACCUUCAACAUUCUGGCUCCGAUUUACAAGAGGAUUGAUGGCGAGAGCUGCAGGGAGAGCCAGUAUAGGGCGUAUUGGAUGAGUAGGAAUGAGAGGAUUCUUGAGAGGUUGUUCUCUGAUCGGUCUUCUAUCAUUUGCCUUCAGGAGGUUUGGUUGGGGAAUGAGGAGCUUGUGCAGAUGUAUGAGAAGAGAUUGGGGGAUUGUGGUUAUCUUAGUUUCAAGCUCGCUCGCACGAACAAUCGUGGAGAUGGUUUACUCACUGCUGUCCGCAAGGACUACUUUAGGGUACUGAACUAUGGAGAGCUUACGUUUCAUGACUCUGGUGAUCGUGUUGCUCAACUUUUGCAUGUUGAAUCAGUUGUUCCAUUUUGGCAAAAUCGAAACAAUGGAACUCUGAAACAGAUUCUCAUUGUGAAUACCCAUUUGAUGUUUCCGCAUGAUCAUAGUUAUUGUAUUAUCCGUUUGCGUCAGGUAUAUAAGAUACUUCAAUAUGUAGACACUUAUCAGAAGGAGCACGAUGCUAACCUUGUGCCCAUCAUACUCUGUGGUGAUUGGAAUGGUAGCAAAAGAGGGCAUGUAUACAAGUUCCUCAGGUCUCAAGGUUUUGUCUCAUCUUAUGAUGCAGCUCAUUGUUACACUGAUGGUGAUGCCGAUGCACACAAAUGGGUUAGUCACCGCAACCAUCGAGGCAACAUCUGUGGCGUUGAUUUUAUAUGGCUUCUUAAUCCCAAUAAGCAUCGGAAGCCCUUAAAGUGCAGCUGGAAUGAAGCUGUAUUUGGAAUUAUCAAGAACCUGCUCCUGAAAGCUUCCCUUGCAGAGAACAAUGCAUUUGCCUUCCUUAAAGCAGAUAGUCCUGGGGUUUACAUUACCUACUCAAGUUUUUGUCAAGCUCUCUGUCAGAUAGGCUUAAUCGGCCAUCAACAAGGACUUAGUCCUCAAGAAACACAAGACUUGUGGAUCCAAGCUGGUACAAAAGGAAAUGGUACUAUGAACUAUGAAAAAUUUCAGAAGUGGAUUUGGUGUCCAACAUGGACAGAAGAAGAUGAGCAAAGACAUGAACAAGGAAGAGAGAAAAGAUUGAGGAAGGACAUGCAGAGGUUAGUGUUUGGUUUCAAAGCUAAAAAUGCUGUUUUUUUCCCUCCAGAAGUGGAGAAAGGAAUGUGGCCUGAGAAUUACUCUCUCUCUGAUCAUGCUCCAUUGACAGUAGUUUUCUCACCAGUAAAAAUGUCUUGUUCUCAAUACAAUUGUUAG